GCGUGCUCCUCGGGCUGUGAGUGCGCAGGCGCAUUCGCUGGUUCUCUGCGGGCGCCAAUUCUGGAGAGCAGAGGCUGGCUACAAAGACAUAAUCAAGUUUUCACUGUUUUGAAGCACAGCAUCGUUUACAAUCCUCUCAAGCUCCUAAUGGUGACAUCGCUUUGAAGAAGGAGACCCGUGACUGACUUUGGAGCAAGCAUGGAGAGCUGGCCGUGGAUGGCAGUCGUGGUCUUACUAGGACUUACGGUGCGGUGGACGGUCUCUCUCAGUUCCUACUCAGGUGCUGGAAAACCACCUAUGUUUGGUGAUUAUGAAGCUCAGAGGCACUGGCAGGAAAUUACCCUUAAUUUACCAGUCAAACAGUGGUAUUUUAACAGUAGUGAUAACAAUUUACUGUACUGGGGAUUGGAUUACCCACCUCUUACGGCCUAUCAUAGCCUCUUAUGUGCAUAUGUGGCAAAGUUUAUAAACCCAGACUGGGUUGCUCUCCACACAUCACGAGGCUAUGAGAGUCAGGCACACAAGCUCUUCAUGCGUGCCACAGUUCUUGCUGCUGAUUUGCUCAUUUACGUACCCGCGGUGCUUUUGUACUGUUACUCCUUAAAAGAAAUCUCACCUAAGAGAAAGAUUGCUAGUGCGUUAUGCAUAUUGCUGUAUCCAGGUCUUAUUCUUAUCGACUAUGGACAUUUUCAAUAUAAUUCUGUGAGUCUUGGCUUUGCGUUGUGGGGUGUUCUUGGAGUAUCUUGGGACUGGGACCUGCUAGGGUCACUGGCAUUUUGCUUAGCUCUAAAUUAUAAGCAGAUGGAACUUUACCACUCCCUGCCAUUUUUUUGCUUUUUACUUGGCAAGUGUUUUAAAAAAGGCCUCAAAGGAAAGGGGCUUGCAUUGUUCAUUAGGAUAGCCUGUACUGUCCUGGCUUCUUUCCUUCUGUGUUGGCUGCCGUUCUUGACAGAAAGGGAGCAUGCCCUGCAGGUUGUUAGAAGACUCUUCCCUGUUGACCGUGGACUGUUUGAGGAUAAAGUCGCUAAUAUUUGGUGCAGCGUUAAUGUCUUUCUGAAGAUUAAGGACACUUUGCCUCGCCACAUCCAGAUAGCGAUCAGCUUUUGCUUUACACUUUUGAGCUUGCUUCCUGCAUGUAUAAAACUGACAGUUCGACCCUCUUGUAAAGGAUUCAGAUUUACUCUGGUUAGCUGUGCGCUAUCAUUCUUUCUGUUUUCUUUCCAAGUACAUGAAAAGUCCAUUCUCUUGGUAUCAUUACCAGUUUGCUUAGUUUUAACUGAAAUUCCUUUCAUGUCAACCUGGUUUUUACUAGUUUCAACAUUUAGCAUGCUGCCUCUUCUAUUAAAGGAUGAACUCCUGCUGCCCUCGGUUGUGACAGUGAUGGCAUUUGUAAUAGCUUGUGGCACUUUCUUUCCAAUGUUGGAGAACACUUCCGAAGAACAACUGCAGUUGAAGUCCUUUGCUGUCUCUGUAAGGAGGCACCUUCCGGGCUUCACAUUUUUGCCCAGAAUUAUGCAGUGUUUGUUUCUUUCUUCAGUCAUCACCAUGGUCCUCCUGACGAUUUUGAGUGUAACACUGGACCCUCCUCAGAAAUUACCAGACUUGUUUCCUGUACUUAUAUGUUUUGUUUCCUGUGUAAAUUUUGUAUUCUUCUUGGUAUACUUUAAUAUUGUAAUCAUGUGGGAUUCCAAAAAUGGAAGAAAUCGGAAGAAAAUUGAGUAGCUACAUUCCCAAGCAGAUGCAAUCUUUUUGUUAUGUAUAAGUGAACAUAAUCAUCUUUAGAAUCAUGGAAUUACAGGAAAAGAAAUGGUGAAAGGGCAUUGUUAUUUACACAAAGUGUAUACAAGGACCAAAGCAUUUGUCUUCUUAGGUUUUUUGUUUGUUUGUUUGUUUGUUUGUUUGUUUUGCUAAGCAUACUAUAAUUUUGGUAAUAUUCACAGAUAUUUAAUGGUAAAACAAGAAAAAAAAUUGUCCCAGCUGGUCGUAGUAGCUCAUCUUUGCAAUGUCAGUACCAGGAGGUAGAGGCAGGCUACCUAGAGAUCAAGGCCAUCCUUGGUUAUAAAUAGCAAGUUUGAGGCUAGCCUAGGCUAUGUGAGACCCUGUCUCAACAAAAGGGUUCCCAAUGCCAAUAUUUAAUAAUGGAAUGCAUCCUAUAAAUUGUAACUUUUAAAAACUAUGUAUUUUAUAUAUAGUUUUAAAAUGUAAGACCAGUCAGAAUGCACACAGAGCCAGGCCUGCUGGUACACAUUGGGCAUCUCAGCACUUGGUAGGGACAGGCAGGAGGAGCAUGAAUUUGAGGCUAGCCUGAGCUACAUAAAAUCCUGUUUUAAAAAACAAAACAAAGUCAGACAAAGUGUGCUUCAAUAAAUUUAAACUGAGUUUAUUGGAAGAAUUAAGCACCUGACUUGUUUAGCGACAAGUGAUGAGCAUCUCAUUCAGAAGUUGUAUCUCUGGGCUGAAGAGAUGGUUUAGCAGUUAAGAGCCGUGGCUGCUCUUCAGAGGACCUGAAUUCAAUUCCAGCAACCACAUGGUGGCUCACAACCAUCUGUAAUGGGAUCUGAUACCCUUUUCUGGUGUGCAUGAAGAUAUCAUACUUGUAUGCAUAAAAUAUAUGUAUAUAUGUAUUUGUAUACAUAAAUCUUUAGAAGUAUCUCAGGGAAUUAACAUUUUUCUUAAUUACUGAGAAGGUACAUUAUGCUAUUUGAAAUUUGAAUAUCCAUUAUUGCAUAUGCAAAAUUGGAUACUUAUAGAUUAAGUAGUAUUCUUGUUUCCAAGAAUGUAGAAUCUCUUGAUGCUAUUUUUUUUAAAAAGAACUUUUAUUGAAUAUAAAUCUAAGAAGUUUGAAGUCUUUUUAGUUACUCAUGGUAUUUAGUUCUAAAUUUCUAGAGUCAUUCUAAAUUGACUACCAUAUCAACGACUCCAUCUCCCUUUCUGUUACCUUGUUAACACCGAAAUAACUGCAUAUUCAAAUCAUGGCUAACACCGGCUCUGUCCCAUUGGUAGGGUUAUCCCUUCACCCAUAUCAAUUCCUAAAAAUCAUGUAGUGUGUUUUACUUUCACAGGAAAGCUGUUUCUUUAGUCUCUGAUGAAAAUUAAAGCCACUUUACGACUAGC